GGCCGUCUGGGAGUUGUAGUUCGGACUUCUGCCCGCACUCGGCCGUCGGGCGGCUGCUGGAGGUCCGAGGCAGUCCCCCGCCUUCGGCGUUUGGCUCGGAGGAUGGAUCCUGGGCCCGGGCCCGACGCGGCGCCGCUGACUGGCCUGGCCUGGUCGUCGGCCUCGGCGCCCCCGCCGCGGGGAUUCAGCGCGAUCUCCAGCACCGUGGAGGGGACGCCCGCCAGCUUCGGCAAGAGCUUCGCGCAGAAAUCUGGCUACUUCCUGUGUGUCAGUCUCUUGGGCAGUCUGGAGAAUCCGCAGGAGAACGUGGUGGCCGAAAUCCAGGUCCUGGUGGACAAGAGCCCUCUCCCGCCCGGCUUCUCCCCGGUCUGCGACCCCCUGGACUCCAAGGCCUCCGUGUCCAAGAAGAAGCGCAUGUGUGUGAGGCUGGUGCCCCUGGGGGCUGUGGACACGGCUGUGUUUGACGUCCGGCUGAGCGGGAAGACCAAGACAGUGCCUGGGUACCUGCGAGUAGGGGACAUGGGUGGCUUCGCCAUCUGGUGCAAGAAGGCCAAGGUCCCUCGGCCGGUGCCCAAGCCCCGAGCUCUCAGCCAGGACAUGAGGGGCCUCUCCCUGGACCCUCCCGGCCAGCCCAGCAGGAGUGGCUUGCCGGAGCGGACGCUGUCGAGGAUGGGCUCGCGGGCGUCCACCCUGCGGAGGAACGACUCCAUCUACGAGGCCUCCAACCUCUAUGGCAUCUCCGCCAUGGAUGGGGUUCCCUUCACACUGCACCCCCGGUUUGAGGGCAAGAGCUGCAGCCCCCUGGCCUUCUCUGCCUUUGCUGAUCUGACCAUCAAGUCGCUGGCGGACAUUGAGGAGGAGUACAACUACGGCUUCGUGGUGGAGAAGACGGCAGCUGCCCGCCUGCCCCCCAGCGUCUCGUAGCCCCUCGCCAGCCACUCGCCACCCGACGCCUGCAGCCUGGCAGCUGCGCACCCCUCCCCAUUUUGGGAACCUUGGGGAUGGAGGGCAUUCUGGACCCUCAGUCCCCUGGCGGAGCUGCAUUCCUGGAGGAGGGGACAACCUGGCUGUUUGGUGAUGGGGUUUCCCACCCCUGGGCCCUGCAGGGCAGGGGUGGGGGCUGGAUGAAACCAGUGCCUUCAAGUCAUUCGUGUCAAAACUCUCUGGGGCCUGGAGGCCACGUGGGCAUCCUCCUGGCAAUAAACACAGCCCUGUCCCGUGA